AACUGCGUUUUUAGGUACUUGUAUCAUCGGCUAUUCGAUAGAGACACUACUCUUGUCAUACAAGGUCGAAUCAGAUCGAAGACGGACUUAAGGUUCCCAAGCCACUGGAUCCCGCGGUGUUCGAUAAAAUCUGCAAGAUUCGGAAAUAACAUAAGACCUUUGUACAUCGUCGGAUUCGGUCUUUUUGUGUUAAACCGUCUCGAUACGCGAUACGCGAGUGUCACUGUGCUUCGAAUAGUGUACAUCGAAUACUUCGAGUACAUUCUUUCUUUUUAGGUACAUUGCUACCUAGCACGGACUUAGCUUAGUGUCCACGUACUUUAGUGCAGUGGUGUUGUGGAGCUUCAGCGCUAUGUCUAAUAUGGGAUCGCCUACGAUGGGGGUGCAUCCUGCACUCAGUAACAAUAAUACGCCGAUAGAGGAUGUCGGAGGGGUCGGGGUGGGUGCCGGCCAGGUUACUAAGGCCUCUUCCACUACUGUCGCCAUUACAGAACACCCCCUGCGACAAUCCAGCUCGCCUACCACUACAAACUCCGACACUGCGCCGCCAAUUCCUGCCAACUCUUCUCUUCCUCUUCAAUCCCAUUCCCAUUCCCAAUCCCAUCAAUGCGAUGCUGACUACGACGACGAAAAAUCAGAGCCUUCAGCUCUAGCCUUAAAAUCCCCCGACGCUCUUCAUAAGAAUCAAUCGCGCGGCCACCACAAGCACGCUCCCUCUGUCGAGGCUGUUCCUCGCCAGACUAUUAUGAAGGCGUUAGCCUCUGUCGCACGAAAUAAUAAGCCAGAAGCAUUAUCAUUGAACGGGAUGUUGUCCGCCCAGGCAGCAGGGGAUCAGCGACCCGCCUCUUCCUCCCAGCAACUCUCCGAGGCCCUUUCUCGGGAGCUCGCCGCUCGCAACAUGACUCCGACCACCGCCUUUCCCUCUCUACAGUCGCCCUGUUUCUGGCACAAUCGGUUCGACGAUGCGGUAGAUAUCGAGAAGGUCUUGGAGGAGAUUAAGAACGACGAAUGGAUGUCGCAUUCGAGACUCGUACAGACUGCUACGGGCGUCCGUGAAGUCUCGAAGCAAUUGCAACGUCGACCUAUCCGUCGCGCAGUGCGCAAUAUCAUGAUCGUUACCAAAGCUCGUGACAAUGAACUGGUUUACCUAACCAGGGAAUUGACCAUGUGGUUGCUCAGAACACCUCGAUACGGCUCGGAUAUUGGAGUUCACGUUUAUGUUGAUGCGAAACUACGCAAUUCUAAGCGCUUCGGUGCUUCCAGCAUUAUCGAUGAGGACCCUCGGUUCGAAACCAUGCUUCGUUACUGGACCCCAGACCUGUGCUGGAGUAGCCCGGAGAAGUUCGAUUUGGUAUUGACCCUCGGUGGAGAUGGAACUGUCUUAUUCACGUCUUGGCUUUUCCAAAGAGUUGUUCCUCCUGUCUUAUCAUUCAGCUUGGGAAGUCUCGGUUUCUUGACGAGCUUUGAGUUCGAGAAGUAUAAGCAACACCUGAACCGGAUUAUGGGCGAGGAAGGCAUGCGAGUUAAUCUUCGCAUGCGAUUUACGUGUACCGUCUUCCGCGAUGGUGCCAAGGGCCAGGAUAUGGAGGAAGGGGAGCAAUUCGAAGUUCUCAACGAGCUCGUUAUCGACCGCGGCCCAUCUCCUUAUGUUUCUAACCUCGAGCUUUACGGCGACAACGAGCUCCUGACUGUCGUCCAGGCGGACGGGUGCAUCUUCUCUACUCCAACUGGAUCGACAGCAUAUUCUCUCUCCGCAGGCGGGUCUCUGGUCAGCCCCGACCUGCCUGCCAUUCUCCUUACUCCGAUCUGCCCUCACACACUAUCUUUCCGCCCAAUGGUGCUCAGCGACACGAUGCUUCUUCGUGUUUCUAUCCCGCGCAACUCGCGUGCUACAGCUUACUGUGCGUUUGACGGGAAAGGUCGGGUUGAAUUGAAGCAAGGAGAUUGUGUGACGAUUACGGCUUCUCAGUACCCGUUCCCUACGGUCAUGCGCACAGGAACCGAAUGGUUUGACAGUGUAUCACGCACCCUCCAGUGGAACACGCGAGCUGCGACCCAGAAAGGCUUUGAUGGCAAACAGUCGGGUUCCGUCGAUGGCGAAGAUGAACCGGAAUGGGAUAUAGACACCGAUUCUGCCUACUACGCAAGUGAGGAUGGUAGCAACAGCGCGAGUCCUUUACGACGACAAAUGAGCCUUUUAGGCAUGUAGAUGGCGUAGACUUAGAAUCACGGGUUAGAGUUUUAGAUGGGCGGCGUAUGAUAUAAUUAUAUCUAUUAUUUCCCUGCGCAUAUCGCGGGAGGGUUGAGGUAAUCUCUCGAUGACACCUCGAGGAGUUUUUCGGCGUCUGACUUGAUUGAGGGUUUCAAUGAUGGACAACCUACGGUUGCCUCCCAGCGAGCGGCUAUUUAGUAUUGGUCUGGGUAUUCUUCACCCAUCAUGUCAAUUCUUCCUCGUCACGAAUACCACUGUCCUUACACC